GUUUUAAAAUCGCUAUUUGAGGCGAGUGAUAACCUCAAAUUCUCACAGGGGGGCUAUUUAGAGUCGUCCCUAGUCCCCCAGUGCUAAAUUUAUCGUGUCAUUGUCUUAAAAUAGUGUAAAUUUGGUGUCGUGUGGUUGGCAUUGGUGGAUUUUGACAGUUAGGGGGGUCCAACAUGGCGCAUAUUGUGGGGCCUGAAGUGGUGAAAUACGCCUGCACUUGUGGCCUCCUUAAGCCCAUUUCGUUGCUUUAUUUCUGUCGCUAUUGUUGCGAGCUCCGGUGCGGUUUCUGCGUCUGUCAUGAGGUCGAUUCGCACUUCUGUGGCAAAUGUUGUGAGAAUCUCCCCUCGUCCGAAGCCCGACUCAAGAAAAACCGAUGUGGGAACUGCUACAUUUGCCCCUUUUGUCAACAAGAACUCUCGACAAGGAUUGGCUCGAAGGGGCCCUCCAAUCCCGAGGACCCCAAAUCCACGCCGAAGAAAAUGUACUACUUGUCGUGUCUGUACUGUCGGUGGAGUUCGCGCGAUGUGGGGAUUCCUGAUCAGGGGGCUGCCACUGGGGCGUGGCCCGAGCGCGAGAAUGUCCACGCGAAUCGACUCCAGGAGGUGAUUGAGGCCUACAAGGCGUUUGUUUUGGCGCAGAAACAGCAAAAGGAGAGGGAGAAGAAGAAGCAAAGGGGGAAGUUUGUGAGCUACACGGACCGUACCGGGGUGACGGCCGCGGCCAUCCGCAAACGCAUCGGUCUCCCGGCCGAAGUCCCCAACACUUACUACCGAAACCGUCCGAAGCUCCCCGAGCCGGCAACCCCUCGCGAAGAGGUCGAGGAUUUCCCCGAGGAGCUCCUAACCAAAUCCUUGAACCUCCUAGAGAUCACAACAAUUGAACAACGCCUCCUCCAGCCCGAUUUACAACCAACAACAGUCGAUAAAUUAUUCCCAAUACAUAAACAACUUUCGAUUAAGCGCUCACUCAGGUGUCGCUCGUGCGAACACAACGUCAGCAAACCGGAAUACAACCCCAACAGUGUCAAAUUUAAAAUCCAAUUAUUUGCCUAUUAUCACAUUCCGGAAGUGCGAAUUGUGACAGUUGAGCCGCUCCGGGCGGGAAAACCCGCUGAAUUAAUUUUGAAAUUGACCAAUCCGACGCAACACCAAACUGUCAUUACUUUCCUCCCAUUGGAUCUGACGGUGAGGGGCGGGGACGGCGAUCGAGAAGUGGGGGAAACCCAAUCAUUGAGCCUACCUGAAAAGCAGCCCCCUUCAUUGGGGGGCCAACCCUCGAGCCUCCUAAGUCUCUCCUCACGUCAACCGUCAAUCACAAUCAAGCCACGCCCCAUUUUCCAAUCAACCAAUUGCCAAGUGGCUAUACCUGGAAGUAAGGUUAUUCUACCACCGCGAGAUGACGCUGCUGAAUAUGACGAUUCCGGGGAUUCACAUAAUAUUCAAGAUGACACCAAACUUGUUGUAUGGAGGAAGUCGAAUAAGGUAUUUGUCAAGUUGGUGGUGACUCCUGAUGAUGGUUUGGAGUUAAAUACCGAAAUCGUGGCCGGUUUUACAAUGCAACAUAUUUAUACAAACACGAUUGCCACCACUGUGGAAAAUAAGGAACCAGAUCGACAUGACCAUAAUGUUAGGGUUUUUCUGACCUUGGGGAAUUUGGUUGGGUGUGAGUGAGGCUUUGUACGAUUUUCGCUAUUAUAAGUUAUAAAACUUGCUUUUGUAUUUAUUCCAUCAUUAAUAAUUAAUAAAAAUGUAUUUUUUUUUUCUAAUAAUAAAGGUUUUUCUCGUA